AUCGUGUCGGACUUCUUCUACCCUAACCUCGGAGGAGUGGAAGGUCAUAUCUCGGAAAUAUCUGCCCUCCUGGUUGCGCCCCCAUUCAACCACCAUGUGGUCAUCAUCACCCACGCCUACGCUCCAUCGCGCAUUGGCGUGCGUCAUCUCUCGACUGGCGUGACGGUGUACUACCUCCCGCUGAAAGUGAUAGCCUCGCAGGCCACGCUUCCGAACUUCUUCACCUCACACCCACUCCUUCGGUAUAUCUUCAUCCGGGAACGCAUCCAGCUGGUGCACGCCCACCAAGCCCUCAGCUCGCUCGCCCACGAAGCUCUCUUCCACGCCAGGGAAGCCGGUAUCAAGACGGUCUUUACGGACCACUCACUCUUCUCCUUGGACGAGGAUGCAGCUAGUAUCUUGACAAAUAAGCUGCUCCGCUUUGUGCUCAGCGAUGUGGAUCGGGUUGUCUGUGUCAGUUAUGCUGCCAGGGAGAAUACGGUGCUGCGAGCCGGAAUCAGGGAUCCCGGGAGGAGGGUCGUAGUGAUCCCUAAUGCCGUCGACGGGGAAAAAUUCAAGCCCCUUACGCUGAAAGAGCAAAGUACACGAUCGACGACUAUAGUGAUCCUCUCCCGCCUGAUGUACCGCAAAGGCAUCGACUUGCUCAUCGAGGCCAUCCCACGCAUCUGUCUCGCCCAUCCCGAAGUCGACUUUCUCAUCGGUGGUGACGGACCCAAGCGUGUCGAACUAGAACAAAUGCGGGAGCGCUGCCUUCUACUGGACAGGGUUCAGCUGGUAGGCUCUGUCAAGCAGGGUUCAGUGCGCGACCAUCUCACGCGUGGGGAGAUUUUUCUCUCUCCGUCGCUCACAGAGGCUUUCGGCACAUCUCUCAUUGAGGCCGCUUCCUGUGGACUGCUCAUCGUUGCUACCGAGGUGGGGGGAGUACCGGAGAUUCUCCCUUCCCCCGAGAUGCUCCUUCUCGCCGCGCCCAAUACAGACGAGCUGGUGCGCGUCGUGUCCCUCGCUGUGCACAGGGUGAGAACACAGCUGGAGAGCGGAGAUUGGGAUCCUUGGGCCGUUCAUGCGAGGACGAGGGGGAUGUACAGCUGGUCAGAGGUGGUAAGACGGCUAGAGGGGGUGUACUUUGAGGCGAUGCGCGAGAGGAGGGUGAGCAGGAUGGAGAGGCUAAUGCGGUACUGGGACAAUGCCGGGCCCGAGACGGGAGGCGUCUUCUGCAUCGUGGUCAUGGUCGACAUGGUCUUUGCGUGGCUCCUUGAGUGGGGUUGGCCAAAGGCAGAUAUCGAUGUGGUCCUUCCAGUAGCGCCCGGAGUAGCCUCUGAAACUGCGAGCGAGGAGGAAGAGGAGGCGCAUGUCUGGAAUGGAGACGAAGACAGGCGGGGCAGAACGACUGGGAACGAUUAG